CGCUCCCCGCGGCUCGACUGCGCCGGGCAGGGUCGCUGGUUUUCUGGUGGCCGCCCGGGCUGGAGGGCUGUGGCCCGCCGGCCCGCCCGUCGCCUCGGGCAGCGGGCUCAGGCUGACCAUGCACCGGGUGGUCUCCAACCAGCGCUCGGUCUCCUCCUCCUCCGGCUCCUUCCAGGCUCCCCCGCCGCCUCCCCCCGCCGCCGCCGCCGGGGAUCUGCAGCCGCUCUUUCUGGGCGGCGGCGGCGGCGGCGGCGGCGUCAGCAGCACCAGCAGCUCCAGCGGCGGCACCCGGAGGGGCAGGCGGGGCUCGGUUUCCAGUUCGGCCUCGACCCGGAGCAGCAGCCGCAGCCGCAGCAACAGCAGCAGCAGCCGCAGCAGCGAGGACGAGGAAGGCGAAGCGGAAGAAGCCAAGCCGCUGGUGCCGGCGCAGGAAACCGCCUCGCCGGCGGCGGUCGUGGCCAUUCCCCCCGCCGCCGCCGCCGCCGCCGCCUGUGCCUCGUCAGGCUUCAGCAGUUCCUCCUCGUCUGGCUGCACCAUGACCGCUGGCGAGCUGUACGGGGCUCCGCUGGCCGGGCCGGAGGCGGCGGCAGGCCCGGCGGCCGGGCUGCUGUGGGCGGGGGGCUUCGGCGGCGGGCCGGCGGGGCCGCGUUGGGGCUACCAGGCGCUGUCCUUGGUGCUGCUGCUGGGCCAGGGGGCGCUGCUGGACAUCUACCUGAUCGCCGUCACCGACCUGGACUGGUGCAGCUGGAUCGCCACCGACCUGGUGCUGGCUGCCGGCUGGAGCAUCUUCUUCUGCCGCAACAGCCGCGCGCGUCGGCGGGAGCGGCCGUUGGGGGCCGUUGGGGGCCACCCGCCGCCCCCGCCCUUGCACCCGCUGCUGGGUCACGGCCCGCACGGCGGCAGAGGCGGCGGCGGGGCGGGCUCGGGGGGCAAGACGGGGGCCGCUCCGCGGGGCGGGGACUUCGCCUAUGCCCACUUGGCCUGGCUGAUCUACGCCAUCGCCUUCACGCCCAAGGCGGCCCUCAUCCUGGGCACGUCCAUCCUGGAGCUGGUCGAGCUGCGCCUGCCGCUGGGCGCCACGGGCUUCCGCAUCACGCUGGCGCUCUCGGCCCCGCUGCUCUAUUGCCUCCUGCGCGCCAUCAGCACGGAUCCCGGCGGCGGCCAGUUGCUCCUGCCGCCCCAGCCGCCGUCCCAGCACCGCGCCUCCGCCGCCUUCCUGGCCACGUGCUUGGACCUGCUGGACAGCUUCACCCUCCUGGAGCUGCUGCUCCUGCAGCCGGGCCGGCCCGCCUUGCCCCUGCCGCCGACCGUCCGGUACGUGCUGAUCGCCGUCUAUUUCUUGUGCCUGGCCUCGCCCGUGCUCUGGCUGUACGAGCUGAGCGCGCCGCGGGCCCCCGGCGCGGGCCGCCUGGUUCUACACUGGCUGCUCCCCGCCGGACUCCUGGAUGCGCCGCUGCUGGCCCUGCGCUGCCUCCUGCUGGUGCGCUACCAGCAGCCGCUCUCCAUCUUCAUGCUCAAGAACCUCUUCUUUCUGGCCUGCCGCGGCUUGGAAGCCAUGGAGACCUGCUACCUUCUCCACUCUGCCAGCGGACAGGGAGGCAAGGGCAAGAACGUGUCCGUCCUUUCCACAGGCGUCGGGGCUGGCCAACUCAGUCACUGCAUUUCAGAGAAUGACAUGGGGCCCCAUGGCUACGUCAACACAUUGGCGGUCACUGCCCAGAGCUGAGGACAAAGGGAGGGGGCUUCAAAGUCAGACUGGGGGCCCUCUUUUCAUUCUACCCAUUCAUCUGCUGUAAACUGUAUUACUUUUUAAUCCUGUUUAGCUGCCCGGCCCUCUCUGGUUAUUUUGUAUUUACAGCUGUCCGGUUAUUUAGGCCUCCUUCAAUAGAUGGCAUCCAUUCAAUUGUCCCACCAAGUUUACUCCUUCUCCAUAACUAUGUUGGUCACUUACUGAAUGCAACUGGAAAGUGGGGGGUUCUAAUUUGUAUUUACUUUGUAGUCUUUAUACCUGGAUCUCUUGUUGCAUUCUUCAUGCUAUUCUUGCUUCCCUUUCUUCUCUACCCAACUAUUUAUAAUCAUGAGGAUAUAUAACUGUUGGAAAUGUAUCCAGAUAUCUCUUCUCCAAUUAAUCCCAGUAGUGUAUCCACUGAGCCUAAUGAUGGCAGCAAUAACCUUUUUUAACAAAAACAAAAACAUUCUUAGAUUCUUAAAAUCUAAAGACUUAGAUUCCUAAGUCUUUCCUCCCAUAACUCUAAAUAUUUUCUUUCCACACCUGACCCUAUUUAUUGUAUAGAUUCUAACAGCUGCUUAAUGUGCUCUGCUACAGACUCCUUUUUGCUCCUCACCUAUGAUUUCAAGAAGGAGGCAGCUUCUUAGUCUUAUCCUCCAAAGAAAGGGGAAAUGUACAUUAUUUCCAUUUCUUCACCUUGUCAGAUUUCCCACUCACCUGUCCUUGCUGAGGUGCCUCUGCCAUCAAUGCCUACAAUGAAGGGAGAACUGGGGACAAGCCAACCACCUUAUGGCAUGCUGUGGAAAGAUCAUGAAGCUUUGCCUGAUAUGUUCUUCUAAACCAGUGAUGGCGAACCUUUUAGAGACCGAGUGCCCAAAACCUGGACCUGCCCCG